GCAAAGAGUUGAUAAAGCUUGUUCUGCCUUUUAUGAAGUGGCUUCUAGGGUGAUAAAUACUGAGCAUGAUUUUUUAAAAAUGAUGAAUUUCAUCAAGGACAUAAAAGAUGAGUUUACCUCUAAAGAAACAUCCUCGAGCAUUGCAGAAGAUGGUUCAGAUCAAAAUCAAGUGACUAAAAUUCUUGACCCUGUAAAGACUCGAUGUAAAGGCCGUCCUCCUUCGAAUAGGAAGUCUUCUAAAGCUGAUCAAAUUGUGAAGAAACUUGCAAAAAAGAGGACAAAAAAAAACAGCCAAAAAAGUGCAAAUAUUCAUGCUCAAAAAGAGAAGGACAUGUGUGCAUCUAGAGUACAAGAGAGUGUUCAAGUAAUUGAUAGAGUUGGCACACAAAAGAGCAUUCAAGGUGAACAAAGUAGUUUUGGGAGGAAUGAACAAGGCGGUGUAAAUAAAUUAGCUCCCUUCAAUCCAAACUCAAUACUUAUAAAGGAAGUAAAUCAGGUUCCAUUUUAUUCUCAAGUCAUGAAUCAUGGUGGUUCUUAUUUUGAAUUGUUGCAGGCUCAAUACCAUGUGAAUGAUCCGUCAUUGUCAAAUAAUCAUACACACAUGAAGUGAAUGAUUGGUCAUUUUGAAGAAACUCUGGCAUUCAAGAAUUGGAACCGUUCAGUUGCGGGUUUAAGCUUGACAUGGGGUCUGCAAAUUUUUUCUGCAUAAUUGUAGAACUUCUGGCGUAAUCCUAGGUCUGAUGCAGCUCUAGUCCAAAUCGUGCCUUCUGGCGUGAUCAAUCUGUUGUUUCUGCUUGUUGUCUGCUGUUUGGCGUCAAUUUGGCGUCUCAGUUGGUGUCCUUAUGGCUUCAUAUGCUUUGUUUUAAUCCUAUCUUAGGCGUGAUACUAUUUUUCCCCAUCCUCACUGUUUUAACAUGUUCUGGUGUAUCUUUGUAUUUUGUUGGCAUAUCUUAUGCCUAUUUAUUAUUAUACUGUAAUUCUCUUAGCCUUUCAUGCAAGAAAAACGGUGGAAUUUGCUAUGGUGUUAUUUGGUUAAGUAUGUGAGCUCAAGUGUUGAUAAUACAUACAUGAGUUUGGCUUUAGUUAUUCAUGAUGAAAU